AUGCUUUUGCACGAAUUCCCAUUCUAAGAUGGGUCAUAAGAUUCAAUUAAAUCUGGAUUCUUAAGAGAAAUUAUUCAUGACCAGAUUACUCUAAGUCAAAAGGUGAUGAUAAUUUUCGUAUUGGGAUCACUUUAUAUUGUGGCUUGUGUUGUUUUGAUAAUUGCUACGAUUUCAGUUGUGAAAAAUGAUUAACUAUUGCGAAGAGGAAAUAUAAUUAUUGAAAACAUUUUCAAAGGUUACGGAUAAAUCUUUUUGAUCGUCAAUUACGUGUUAUUUAUCCCUUCAUUGAUGAUUUUUGCUGAGGUGUCUAGAUGUGAGGAAGAACCUAAAAAAAAGGAUUACUAUUUUGUCUGUCUUGACUAGCAGCAUUUCUCAUGCCUUUCCUUCGCAGUUAUUAGCAGUAUUUUUUGUUUUGCUUUUGUGACAUACUUUAAUCUAUUUGUUAAUUGUUAAUUUCCUAACGAGUAUAUACCUUACUCAACUUGGAAUACCAAACCUAAGGUCAUUCAAGUAGUAUGGAUAGUCAUCUAUGUAUUUCACUAUGACAUUCUUGAUGAAAGAUAUCAUAUUGUUUUCAGGAUUGCAGCCCUUAUUAUUCUGAUUUAUCAAUAUAUUUUAAUAACAGAACAACCUAGGCCAUACAUCAGACUCGUUAAUUGGUCUGAUUUAAUAAAGCUCGCCAUUAUCCUUAUUUUGAACUGUAUAAUAGUUCUAUAGGAUCUUUUAAAUGAAAAUGUAAUGUUUGAGCAUCUCCCAGCGAUUGCUCUCUUAGGCAUAAUAUGCAGUGGUAUUUUGAUUACUAAAUAAUCUCGCAGAAAUAAGGUUACACUUUCUCGAGACAACAGAGAACACAAUCUUUUUCAUAGUGAGAAUGAUAUGGAACUUUAUAUGAGUUUGCUUUUCUUGGAAUUAGAAAAGCUCAAAAGCCCUGAAAAAGGUAUAGAACAUUCAUCAACUCCUCAGAUAUUCACAAUAAUCAGUAAACAUAUGGAACACUGUAGAAAUGAUGAGUGUAUAUGCAAAAAAUAUGAACCUGAAUACGACAAAAAAUUCUCGUCAAUUGGUUCAAGAAGACUGACAAUGAGAUAGUCUACUUCUUUUUCAAGUAUAGAUUAUAUGCUUAAGAAGAAAUACCCCAUUAAGAUUUCAUUCGAUACUAAAGUUGAUAUUUUCCUGGCCGAGAUAGCUGAUUGUCUAGAUAGAUUUUUAUAAUCACAUCCAAAGUCUGUAGGAUUAAAACUCCAGAAAUCUUUUUUCUAUCAUACCUAUAUGAAUAGUUCGUAUAAAGCCUUAUUCGUUUAAUUAGAAAAUUCUCAUUCAUGCAGCUAAUUCAGAGGAAAAAUAAAUAUUUAUCAUCUAAAAACUAAGAUAUAAGAGGAAAUGGUUCAAUCAGAAGCAUCUCCUUUUUCAAUGGACAUCACCAUCUGCCUAAAAUUUGAAUCCAAAAGAGUGUUAUUCGAGUAGAAGAUUAUAGAACUAUGCCUUAUUUGUGAAAGUUUUUGGAAUGAACUGACUUAAAACGAAAAUGAUUAUAAUGUAGAGAAAAUUCAUGAAUUAAUUUUGGAAAUCUCUCAAACCAUAAUAAACAUAAAAUCUAUUUAUAGCCAACUUUGUUAUCAUAACCCCCAAAAUGUGGAUGUAAUAUAGAACUAUGCUCUUAUAUACAGAUAUAUUCUAAGAGAUGAAUUCAGAUUUAAUGAUAUAAUAAAUAAUCUGAACCAGCUUAAGAAGACUAAUAAGCUAGAACAGAUUCGAGAGUUAAUUCCUAAGUUUUUUGACAGCGACAACUAUGCCAUGAUUUUAGUCUCAGGAGAUGUUAAAGAUCUUGGUCGAAUGAUUAAGGCAAACAGGGGAGUUGAAUUAAUAUUUGGCUAUAUGCCUAAUGAAUUGCAAGGAUAUAAGAUCAACAAAGUUAUGCCUAGACUUUAUGCUUAAGUACAUGAUGAUUUUAUUUAAAAUUUCCUAAGAAGAGGCCAUUCAAAUUUUAUUGAUAAGAAUUAGUUCUUACUUAUUGAAAAUAAGAUGAGAUUUAUACAGAUGACUCUUGCAUAUAUCAAGCCAUUAGUAGAUCUAAAGAUAGGAUUGAUGUUUGUAUCUUUUUUCAAAUUGCCUUUAAAAGUACCUAACAAUACUGAAAUGAACAAUUAUGUCAAAUCUAAAGAUGCUCACUACCUACUUUGUGAUGCCAAGGGGUAGAUAUUUGGUAUGUCUCAUAAUUGUAUGAAAAAUCUUGGAAUUCCUCCAACAAUUAUCUCUAAAUAAAAGGGACCUUCAGUUAUGCUUGACAAUUAAACUCUCUACUCUAUUGACUAAUUUUCUCCUAAAAUUUUAGAUCCAGACUUUGAGUUUGACCUUCCCAAAGGAAUGAACUUUACAUUUGAUACCACUAUUUUUAAAACCGAUAAGUAUUUAGCAAAGGAAUUUCAUGAACUUACAGGAAGGAUGAGAAAGUAUAACAUUUUUAUCUCUUUAAAGAAGAGUGAAUAUAAGCUUAGCCCAGCUAAUAUGCAUGAAGUACUUUUAUUUACCAUAGAAAUACUUUCAUUUUAACUAAGCGAAGCACCAAUUACAAUUCCAGUAGAUAAGACUGAUGAUCCAUCGUUUUCAUAAUACUCAGGUACAACUGUUUCAUCAGUGAAUAAUGAUGAGCUUCGAACAUCUAAAUUUAAGGAAUUUAAAACUUAAGUUCAAGAAUUAAAGUAUCCAACUAAAAUUGCAGUUCUAAAGAAGAUUACUAUUGGCUUUUGCAUUUUUUUAUUAGCUGUAUUUUCGCUCAAUUAUGCCCUCUGUGCGACAUAAAAUAACUCCUACAUGUAAAGACUGGAAGUUUUAGAUCUUCUUUUUGAGUUAACUGAUAGAAUACCUUAAUCUAGCAGAUUUGUUAGAACGUGUGUGGACAUUGCAAAUGGGUUUGAAAACAAUACUAAUGAGAUAAUACCAGAUAGAUUUACCUAUUAUAUGAAGAGAAUAUCUGAUAACUCCUAAAUAUUCAACGAUCUCUAAUAAAACAUAUACACAAAAUAUAAGAGUUCCCUGUCACUAGAUGAUGUAACAGUUUCAAUCAAAGAUCUUUAAAGUGACUACACUAUAAAAACAAUCAAAUCUUCUAUAUCUAGUGCAUUAAAUAUGUACAGUAGUAAAUCACUUUAAUUUAGCAAACUCAAAAUGAAAGCGCUAUAAAAUACUACAAUACCUUUCCUAUCAUUUGAUUUUAAAUCCUAUAUGGCUAAUAAAACAUUUCUAACUGAAUUAUAGUAAGACUUGUAUUUUCUGAUUUAAAAUGGCCACGACAGCAUUCCCAAAGGUCUAAUACAACUAAAUGAAAUUUCAUAAAAUCAUAUAGAGAAUCAAUCUUACACAUUUAUGAUGAUUUCAUUAGUGAUAGGAAUAGUCUCUAUUUUUGUGAACUUCAUAAUCAUUCCCAUAGUUUUUCCACUAUUAGUUCAUUAUGAAAGAUUGGCAUACUACAUUUUGCAUUCAAUGAAUAAACUCACAAGUAAAUUCGUAGAGAAUGAAGUUAAAAGUUGCAAUUAGCUUUACAAUUACAUAGGGAAAAAGUAAGGCUCAGGUAUCUCAGAUAAUCCAUAAGGUGCAAUAAUGAAAAAGCCAGAAGCUAGAAAAGAGAACAAAUAAUUGAUGAAGAUUAACCCGAAGAUUCCUAAGCAUGUAUUGGAAUAAGAAAAAAGAAAAAAGAGGCAUGGCAGGAGAAACAGGUCUAGAAGAGAUCAUGAAGAGGAAAAGAUUUAUGUUGAAGAAUUAGAUAAAGUUGAGAACACUCGCAUGCAUGAUGAUGAGGGUUCAGCAUUAUUAGAUGAAGAUCUUGAUGAGGAUCAGAAUACAAGAGGUCACUAUAAUACUAGAUAAGCUAGAAGUAACGCAGCUUAAGUCAGAAGUAGAGUUACUAAGGAUACGCAUAGACCAAGAAGAAGGACAGUAGGUUAGUCUUAAAUGUACCAAAUGAGUGCAGAUGGAAAUACUGCCUCUGUAGGAAGUAUUGAUGAGUCAACUAUCUAAACUAGCAUUGAGAUGAAUUCUUCAACCAAUAAAAGUUCUGGAGAUGAUACAAGUUCUGAUAACAAGGAGGAUGAAAGUUACAGCUAAAGUUCAUCUUCCUAAAGUAAUUAUACUCAUUACACGAAUGUGUCUCAUUGGAAAAAUUUAAAACAAAAUGGAUAUUCAAAUGCAGGAAAUAUUGGAAUAAAAUCAAAUGCUUCAUUUACUUAUGAUAUGACUCAUGCUAAGUCAUCGGAGUUGCCAGCUGGAGACACAUAUCAAGAAAGAGAAAAUAACGAGGCACUAUCUGAGGAGGAGAAAGAAUUUAAGAGACAAAUCAGAGAAAGAUAGCAAAAGAUUAGAGUCUCACUUAAAAGAAGGAAGCUUAAGAAGAUCUUGUACUUAGUUUUAUUCGUCAUCAUCAUUAGCAUUUAUUUGGGUGUUAAUACCAUGUAUACAAGAUUCGUCUAUGAUUAUGAGGAUCAUUUGCAGGCAGAUAUAAAUAUAAUCGAUCAAAGGAUACUUUGUUAUCCCUAUGCAAUAACUCUUAUAAAGGAGAUGGUGGCAAGAAACUAAUCAGUUAAGGGAUGGAAUGAUGAAGAUGUAGCGGAUAAUUAUCACGGCUUAAGAAGUUAAAUAAUGAAAUGCUACUCCAAAGAAAAAUAAUUUAGUGAUAUGGUUAUGGGUAGAUUCACAGUAAAUAAUUAAUAAGUGCUGCAUGAUCAAUACUAAAGUAUAGCCUUUGAUCUUGAAAAAAAUACAAUGUGCGCAACUCUGUAUUAAUAAACCAAUCCUGAAAAGUAUAACCAGUGUAUAACUGCCUAUAAAGGCAUAAAUCAGCUUGGAAUAGUUGAAGUGCUAAAUCUUAUACUCAGAGAGGGAGAAAAAGUAAUAAUAAAUUACGAAAAUCAAUAUAUCUUAAGAUAGCAACUCAUAGAUAUAUUAUUGAAUUCGCCUCUUAAUAAGGUAGAAACAAUCAAAGAUAUUUUUAUUGAUGAAGCUUUGAAGUAUCAAAGAGAUUUUAUGAUAGAUGACAUAAAGAAAUUCGCUUAAAAUCUCUUUAGAAUCUUCGACAUAUUAUUCAGUGUAUUUGUAACAUUUUGCUUUAUAAUGGUGAUUAUCGGAGUGAUGUUUAUCAUUUAGAAAUUGAAGAAUCUGAUUUUACAAAUUUAUCACAUUGUGCUUUUGAUUCCCUAUGGAGAAAGAACGAAAAGAGAAUUGAAUGAGCUUUUGAAGAUUAGUUUAUGA